ACACUGGACUGAGACACACUGGUCCACCACUGACACGACACUGGACUGAGACACACUGAUCCACCACUGCCACGACACUGGACUGAUACAAGACUGACACUGACACUGGACCGAUACACAAUGAUACACACUGAUCCACUACUGACACCGACACUGGACUGCGACACACUGAUACAGCACUGACUCCGACACUGAACUCAUUCACACUGAUAAAGGAUUGACACUGACAAUGGACUGAGACACACUCAUACAGUACUGACACUGACACUGGACUGAUACAGUACUGACAGUACUCCCACAUUGACUCACACUGACACAUUAAUACAGUACUGAUAAAGACUGAUACUGUACAGACACAGUACCAACUCAGUAAUACAGUACUGAUACUGUACUGAUACACACAGAUACAGUACUGACAUACUGACACAACACACUAAAGAUCAGUUGGUUCAGUAUUUUUCCACUGUGUGCAUGGGUCUGUGUGGUUUUUACCCUGGUUUACAGCAGGUAUAUUUAGUAUAUUUAGUAUAUUUAGAUUGACUCCUGCAGCUUCCGGUUCGGUCAUUAUUCGCUAAUUAUGACUUUUUCCCCUCUAUUUUUGUUUGUUGUUGAAGGAGAAAUAAAACUGACUGACCUGUAUCUCACGUACCCUGUGCUGCACUCCCAUUGGCUAACAGCCAAGUUGACGGCCUCGGUGCACCCAAUGGGGAGUGGGCGUUAAGUGUGUUGUCAUGGAGACACCGCUAUUGGGCGGAGUCCCCGUGGCCUGAGAGAGGGUGUGUGUGUGUGUGUAGGGGCUCAGAAUGAGGUCAUUGGCCAAACCAGGACUCAGUUCACCCACUAAAGAGUGAGGUAUAUAAGGCAAAAGGGAAGGAGAGAUGGAUGGCAGACUGAAGAGAGACAUUGUGAAUAUCGGGAGUGCUCUGGAGAGACAAGCGAACACAGCACUCCAUGAGACAGCCGUUCUGCUCAUGAAACGCCUGGACAGGUGUGGCCCAUCUGUCCGAGACCUCUGGUACUGACCCCAGCAUGGAGUCCAUAUCCCACCAAGCCAGCUGCUCUGGGCGGCAGGAGGACCUGCCCGUCCAGGAUGAAGCCCAGCUGGAUGUCCUCGGGCGCUGGGCUGGGAACAGGCCCCUGUCAGUUUGGGGCAGAGCCAGGGCAGCCUGCCGCUGCUCAGGCCCCAGGCUGAAGCGUGUGGUGCUCAGGUGUGUCCCUGUCCUCUCCUGGCUGCCCCGUUACUCCUUCAGGGACUAUGCCCUGGGGGACCUCGUCUCCGGGAUCAGUGUGGGCAUCAUUAAUGUCCCCCAGGGCAUGGCGAAUGCUCUCCUGGCCUCAGUCCCCCCUGUGUUCGGGCUGUACUCCUCUUUCUACCCUGUGCUGGUGUACUGCUUCUUCGGGACGUCCCGGCACGUCUCAGUGGGCACCUUUGCCAUCCUGGCCAUCAUGGUUGGCACGGUGACCGGGGAUGUGAUGCUGGAUGCAGUGUUGCCUGGCAACAUGACUAAUGCAGCGAUGCAGUGGCCCAGUCAACAGAUGGGCAGAGUGAGUGUGGCAGCUUCAGUGACCUUCCUGUCCGGGCUGAUCCAGGUGGCUCUGGGGGCCCUUCGUGGGGGCGUGGUGUCACGUUGGCUGUCAGAGCCCCUGGUUCGAGGGUACACCACUGCAGCCGCCAUCUACGUCACAAUCUACCAGCUGCGCUUUCUGACAGGCAUCACAGCGGACAGGCACAGCGGGGUCUUCGCAGCCAUGAAGGUGUGUGGAGCCAGAAGGCGGAAGAGGAGCAGGGGAUCGGGAAUAAUUGCUUACCUAAUUAAUCCCUCUGUCCUCACCCCCUCUCUCUCUGUGCAGGUGGCUGGUGCAGUCUCAGCCCUGGUCAUUCUGGUCAUCCUGCUGAAGGUGGGGGAGCUCUUCCAGCAGCUGCCCAAGGCAGUGCUGGCCUCUGUGAUCGUGGUCAACUUGUGGGGGAUGUUCAGACAGGUCAGUGACCUGGUCUCCCUCUGGAAGACUGACCGCAUGGACCUACUGGUGUGGGUCGUGACCCUGAUCUGCACGCUGCUGCUGAACCUGGACCUGGGACUGGCCGCCUCCAUCGCCUUCGCCCUGCUGACCGUCAUCUUCAGGACACAGCGAUCCCACUAUUCCUUCCUGGGACAGAUUCCUGGGACAGACUGCUACCGGGACGUCCACUGCUAUGCUGAGGCAAAGGAGAUUCCCGGGAUCACCAUCUUCCGUUCCUCAUCUCCGCUGUAUUUCGCCAAUGCAGAGCUGUACUACAGCACCCUGACAGCACAGGUAUAG